AUGCUUGUCGAUAUCAGCAACAUCACUAUACCUACGACUUUACAACGCGAUAAGAUCCCAGUAAUAGGCAGUAUCAGUCUCGCUGCCUUGAUCACUGUAUACGCUUUGGUCAAAGCGGGCUCAUCAUCCAGCGACACCAUUAAGGUUGAUGGCAAAAAAUUGAAGCAAGUACCUGUUGCUCCCAACCGAUGGCCGAUAUUUGGCCAUAUGUUCUCUCUCGGAAAGAAGCCGGUGUUCAAGUUUUCGGAAUGGCAUAGACUACUCGGACCCCUUGUCCGAUUUGACUUGGGUGCUCGACAAAUGAUCCUUAUUAGCGAUCCUCAAGUAGCACAUUCGAUUUUUGUCACUGAGGGUGAGCAUACAUCGUCUCGUGCAGCGGGUACCUAUACCUUUGACAUUUAUGGGAUGGGCGGAAGGAAUCUUGCUACCGCUGUCUAUGGCAAGGAAUGGAAAAACAAGCGGACAUUAGCACUCAACCUUUUGGCACCCAAGAUGGUCGACACCUAUACCGAUGUCAUUCGUAACGAAAUGGCCAACAUUGCUACCACCCUUGCUGCUAUUACUGAACGCAAUGGAAGUGUGGAUCCCAUGCAGACAUGUCACUUGGCGACGACCAAUGUCAUUUUGUUGACUUGCUUUGGUACACGAUAUCCUUCAUCGGAUCAUCCCAAGUUCUUGAAGCUGGUCGACUUUGUCAAGGGCCAUUUGAAUCGGUCGAGCGUGAUGAAUGAUGUUGGUGCCAUCUUUCCAUUCCUGCGUUGGUUCGAUAUCAUUUUCCGUCAAGAUUCCAAACUCAGGGCCUUUGUCAAAGAGUAUCGUGAUGCUCCUCUCCAAGAAUUGAUCGCCGAUGCACGUGCAAGUGAUAAGCCAUCCAUGGUGAAGACUGUGGACCAAUACAAGGAGCAAUACAAGAUUGAUGAUUGGGAUAUCAUUUGCUUUUUCUCCGAUAUCAUUCUUGCAGGCACCGAUACCACCGCUGUCACAGUGACAUGGGCAUUGGCUAUUCUUGUAAAGUACCCAGAAAUCCAGGCCAGGAUGCAAGCUGAGAUUGAUCAUUUCCGAGCAAACAAUGAGGGUCGUAUGCCAACCUUCCAGGAUCGCAACGAGUUCCCAUACAUGAUCUCUGUUCAAAAGGAAUGCAUGCGCUAUCGUGCCACCACACCAUUUGGCGUACCUCACGUCACUACAAAAGAUGUGACAUGGAACGGAUACUAUAUCCCCCAAGGAUCUACGUUGCUAAGCAACAUGUACACGAUGCAUCGAUCGGAUACAGUAUAUGACAACGCAAACGAAUUUAUCCCAGAACGCUUCCUCGAUAAUACCAAUACCAUGUUGGCUGCAAGCAAUGGCAGGCUUCAAAACCGUGAUCACUAUAACUUUGGAUGGGGAAGACGUAUUUGCCCAGGCACUCAUUUGGCUGAAGUCGAAAUGUUUGACAUGUUUGUCUUUAUCUUUGGUGAUUACGAUGUCAAGCCAGCCGAAUUUGACAAGAAUGGCAAUCCAGUCUUUCCCAAUGUAGACACCGGUCUGCCAGGUGGUGUUGUCACUGAUCCAAUCCCAUAUCAAGUUCGUGUCGUUCCUCGUGCUAGCGUAGCAAAAGCAUAG